AUGGAUUCCCUAGACGAGGCUGUCAAGCAGCUGUGCUGGCGGAUGUGGUCAGCACUCUUUCCGAAAGGCUUUCGGGUGCGCCGACGCUUCUGGCCGCGAGUGGCGCGAGAGACCCGGGACACCGGGAGCCAAUGGGAACAGUAUCCGCAGGAGGAGCAGCAGAUCCUCGAAUACGAUCUUUGGGUCGUCUCGCAACUCUCGGCUGUGGAGGAUCCGGGAAAGCAGGACAGAAGCACUUGGCCGCCUGAGAAGCAAGCCUGGGACUCGGCUUCGACCAGAGGUGUCGACGUGGUCUUCUCCAAGUCUGCCUGCGACUGGGCUUUGGAGACGUUUGGAACCGGCUCAGAAGCUUCUGCAGCCGCUACAGAGCCGGAAUUGCCGCCGUUCGACCGGCGCGUCGUGGACUUGGUUCGGCAAGUCAUGCCCUCGGCCGGCGAUCUCGAGUCACCGCUCAAAGGCCUGGACAGCCUCCGCGCUGGCUGGCUCGCCGGCUCCUUGCAGAGCCUGGGCCGGGCCGUGAGCAGCGAGGCGGUCCGACGUGCAACGAACCUCAAGAGCCUGGUUCGCAUAGUGAAGGCUGCGCCCGCUGCACCGAAAGUUGCGCCAGCUGGGGCAGCUGAGUAUGCGAUUUGGUUCACACCGGGGCAGUUUCAGCCAAUGAGUCCGUGGCUCACCCGUGCCGAGUCGCCAGCAGAUGUGCCGGCGAUGCGCCUAGCAGUCGAGGCUUUGCUGGAACGACACCCAUCACUGCGAGCAGUCAACAUCGACUCCAUGGCCUUGCGCGGCUUCGUGCUUAGCUGCGCCUCCCUCUUCGCCGCGAUCUUGGGACCAAAGACACCCGCAAGCCUCCGAUCGGCCAUCGGUGCGUUGCUUCUCCGCUGUUGGCCGCGGGUGGCAGUCGAUGUGCCCCAUGUUGAAUCCAGCAAGGACAAAGCGGUCCCCUUCGCGGUCCUGGAGUUCACAGGGCAAAGUGAACUGGAGAGGCACCUGCAGAGCCGAGGCUGGCAUUUGACCAAGCCACCGUUCGAAGUGACGCUUCUCCAGCUGAAUGUCGCGCUCGAAGGGGUAUGGGACUGCCAAGGUGGACACAUCUCCAUCGUCCGGGUAGAUGGAGGAGAUCUGGUCUAUGUGGAUUCGCAGCGCUGGCAGGCCGCCGUGCUCCGUGCGCCCGAGGAUCCCCGAAGUCCAGCACCACCGGUUAUGAGUCGUCCGUUGCUGGCCGGACGUUUGGGCAGUGCCGGAGUGUGGUUGCGGGUCGUCGCUCCGGGAGAGAUGCAGGUCUGGUGGCAAUCCGCGCCCGGCGUGGAGCCCUUCACUUUUUCAGCCAGCAGGAUUCCUCAACAGUACGACCGUCUCGACACCAUCUCCUUCGUCAUGAUGCAGUGCUAUCAUGCCUUCGGAGAUGGUUACUGUUAUUCGCCGAUUGCGUCGGACCUUUUCGAUGCCUAUGAGGCCUGCAGAGCCCCUGAGACACGUGAGCUGCCACCAGCUCGUAACGAAGCUUUAGGCAUUCUGCAACGUCGCCUGAAGGAGACUUUGUCCUUCCAGUCGGAAGACCCCUCGCGCCACUCGCUCCGUGGAGCUUUGUGGGGUGCAUGCUUCAACGGCUACUCCAGCGACGUAACUGUGGAAGGAGAGACGCUGGGAGUCUUUAAGGCGGUGGCAGAGAGGUAUGCCCUGCCCAUGCGUCUCGGCGGCACUGAAGGAGGGCCGAAGAAGUUCGGAAGUUGCAUUGAGAAUGUUUCAGAAUCUGUGCAGGAAAUGGCAUCCUUCACAAUGGACAUCGCAGACAAGCUGGGGACAGGAGCAUGCUCUGUCGUCUAUGGGCUUCGCCUUGUGGACGCGGAUUCUGGCGACACAGAGCAGUCCCGGCCCCUAGCCGCGAAGUUCCUCGUUCACCGGGAUGGCUGCAGGGAUCGCCACGAGCUGCCUCGAGAGGCGAAGAUGCUCAUGCUGGCUUCUGGCAACCGGUACAUCCUCAAAAGCUUCGGUCUCUUCGAGGUGGAUCUGGAUGCGCAACCCAAACUUCGCGGCUUUUUUGCAAUGACCUCCAGCCACAAGGCACCAAAGACUGCAAUCGUAGAGACGCCCCCGGGCCGGGGGUUUUUCCUCCUCGAGGAACUUUGCUGCUGCACGCUCCACGACUUGGUGGAGCACGUUUCUUUCAAGGAGUCAGAAGCUGCAUUUGCUCUGCACUCCGUGCUUUGCGGGCUCAUGCAUCUCCAUGCCCUUGGCAUCGUGCAUCGCGACAUCAAGACCGCCAACAUCAUGGUUUCCGACGGCGGACUCCGUGUGAUCUUGGGCGACUUCGACCUUGCUGCAUGUCUGCCUGAUGGAAGCGCCGAGAUGGCCUGGAACUGUGGGACUGCAGGAUACCUGGCACCAGAAGUUUAUGGCAGCCACAAAGGCAGCAAGGCCACAGAUCUUUUUGCAUUGGGAGUGGUGCUCUACAUCCUGCUGACAAAGAGCCAGCCUUUUCUUCACGAGACGCCGCUUCUUACCGAGCUUGCCACCAGAGAUGGAAGGCUUUCAAUCGAACCGGAGACGCUGCAGAUGUUUCGCAGCCACGAAGCCUGCGAUCUGUUGCUGUGGCUGUUGGAGCCUCGACCCGAACACCGCCCCGAAGCCUUGGAAGCCCUCGAGAGCGAAUGGCUGUGCAUCAGGGAGCCCGAGAGUGAAGGUGUCCGGGCGCUUGUGCGGCAGUGGUCGCGCACGGACAGCCUCGAACAGAACUUGGCGACUUCAGAAACCAAGAAUCCGGAUGCACGCAACACUCACAGUGUGGCACACAGCAGUAUCAAAGAGCAGCUGCGCCGAACUUUUACAAGCCCCUCAUCCUUUUUGACGCGUUCUUCAAAGAAGCAGGCACGAAAAGAGCGAGACUCCAGGAUCUUCCGAACGACCUUUGCCAGCUCUGCGCGCUCG